AUGCACGGCUCUGCUGCACUUCUCCUCCUUCUCGUUGCCUCCAGCACCUCUGCCGCCCCGAUCAAUGGCUCAAAAUCUAAGCCUGCGACGAAGCCAAGCACUGGUGGCUCCGAGUCCAGCAGCUCCGGUAGCAGCGCUUUAAAUAAGGUUGGAUCAGUCAUCGGUCAUAUUGGCCAAAUUGGCAACAUAGCUUGCGACCUCGGAAUCCUAUGUGGCUCAGGCUCUUCCCCUGCUCCCGUUACCGUAACUGCCUCCUCUGCAGCCGCCUCUGCUACCACCGCUACCGACGCGUCCUCGAACUCUACUACGGACACUGCGACCGCUCAACGCCGUGAACAAGGACUCAACCACAACGACGCCCGUGCUGCGACCAAACCGAAGACCAGUUCCAGUGGUGGAGGUAGCUCUGCGAGUCAAGCGUUUAAGAAUGCUGGUAAUAUCGCUGGAAUCUUCGGCUCCGGCGCUGGCAUCAUCAACGGAUUCGAGAACCUCUUCGGCGGAUCAGACUCUGCGACAGAGACCGUAUCUGCUGCUCCAGCCGCUACCAGCUCUGCUACAACUGCUCAACGUCGAGAACGACCACUCAACUAUCACAACGCUCGUGCUGUUACUAAGCCCAAGACAAGUACUCCCAAGACCGGUUCCAGUAGUGGAGGGAGCUCUUUCAGUGGCCUGCUGGGGAAUGUAGGCAAUGGUGCUGCAGCCUUGGACUCAGGCAUCGGCAUUAUCAACGGCGUCAAGAGCUUAUUUGACCCUCCGGCCCCUGCGACAGUGACGGCUCCUGCUGCUUCAGCUGCAACCAGCUCUGCGACGACCGCCCAACGUCGCGAACAAGACUUGAACGAUUAUGAAGCACGUUCCGCCAGCAAGCACCUCGGUACUGCGGCCACUGUUGCUGGAGGCGUAGACACAGGUAUCAGCAUCGCUAACAGGAUCAAGAACUUCUUCGACCCUCCAACUCCGGGGACAGUGACGGCUUCUGCUUCCGCUGCUCCUACCAGCGCCGCGGCCACUAAACGUGAUAUGGUUGAUGCCCUGGCUUAUCUGGCGUCCCGGGACUUGGAAGAACGCUCUGCAAUCAGCACUCUCCUCAAGGGACUGACGGAUGGUGGUGAUAUUAUCCAGGAUGGCGAACAUAUCAUCGGUGGGCUUUUCGGUGGAAGCAGCGGUUCUAGCGACACUACGAGCUCCAACCCCACCACGAAGCGCGACGAAUCAAUCGAUGCUAGAGACCUCGAGGAGGCCUUGUUCCGGCUUGCUGCGAGGGCUCUGAACGAGCUCGAUUAG